AUGGUCAAAGUCAAAGUCAACAAGAAUAAUGCAGACCAUGAUGGCAAUCAGUGUUGUGAGCACUGCAUCAGAUGGUUUUGCAGCACAGAAGCCUUGUCCCAGCAUAACGAAGCAAAACAUGGGAAGUUACCGGCGGUUGUGCCAUCUCAAAACCAAGUGUUAACCGUCUCAACGCCUCAACCUCCACACCAAUUUCACUUCCAAGACCAAAACUACAAAAGAUUACCACUACUAGAUAUGGCAAUUAUAUACGACAGUCUCAUUCUCAAAUACCAUUCUUCUGAGCGCCUUAGAAAGGAGGGCUAUGUCUUGGGGAAGGAAACUCGUGAGAACGCUAGACAGGCCGCUAUCACGAAGCAAACCAUUAUGGCUUCUUACCCGAGCUCUCUCGAGCCCAAAAGAAAGGCAAUCGCUCUAGAUUGCGAAAUGGCAGGAGUCGUAAAUAGUAAGAGUGAAAUCAUAUCCAUCUGCGCGAUCGACUUUUUCACUGGCGAAGUUUUGAUCAAUUCUCUUGUCAAACCUCAUGAGCCCAUCAUUGACUGGCGUACCAACAUCCAUGGUAUAAGGCCGGCGACACUCGCUAUAGCUGCAUCCCAAGGACAAAUUCUCUAUGGUUGGGAAGCAGCGCGAGAAGAGCUACUCAAGCAUAUCAACACAGAGACAGCAAUGGUUGGACAAUCUCUCCAGCAAGAUUUAAAUAGGCUACGAGUAUCACAUGAAAAGAUUUUCGAUACUGCUAUUCUUACAGCAGAAGCGGUGUUUGGAACAGGUACUCCCUUUGGUCGUCGAUGGAGUCUUCAAUCCCUCUGUGCAGAUUUGUUGAAAUUGCGUAUUCGACAGGGUUCCAACACUCACGAUGCUUUGGAAGACGCUAUGGCGGCACGAGAGGUUGCGUUGUGGUGCAUAUGUUACCCUGACAAGUUAAAGCAAUGGGCAAAGAGGGCACGCAAGAAGCACAUGGCUGAAAAAGCGAAACUAGCGGAGCGCAGGCGAAAUAAAAGGAGGAACAUGUAUUACUCAGCGCCUGUUCCCGACGACGAGUAUGAGGAUUGUGGGUAUUAUCAUGAUUAUGGUGAGAACGAGGAUGAUGAGAUCCUUCGAUGGGAGGAUGUGAUAGAGUGGGAAAUGUGGCCAAAGUCUCCUCCCUCUUCUGAUUAG